AUGCUGAUGCGUCUGCAAUUACUGUACGAUGUUCAGGCUGAGCAUGGCCCUGAUAGUCAGGUUGUGCUUGUGAUUGCUGGUGAAGGCGUGAAUUUGAAUGCUAUAGAGGAGGAACUCAGCAAGCAGUGCAAGAGUCUACCAAGAGGAGAGUUCGCUGCUAAAGCCCUGACCCACAGUUUUAUUGUUCAUGCAUAUGAUAUGCUUGAGUCAAUCAAUUUCUCAAACUUAUAUGCACCUGAGCAUCUAAUUGUCAAUGUGAAGGAUGCAGAGAAGUGGGAGAGUUUUAUUCAGAAUGCAGGGUCUGUAUUUUUAGGGCCGUGGACACCCGAGAGCGUUGGUGAUUAUGCAAGUGGGACAAAUCAUGUCCUUCCCACUUAUGGUUAUGCAAGGAUGUAUGGCGGUGUUUCAUUGGAUUCUUUCUUGAAAUACAUAACAGUGCAAUCUCUCACAGAAGAAGGCCUCAGAAAACUUGGGCCAUACGUAGCAACGAUGGCAGAAGUUGAAGGUCUCGAUGCCCACAAGCUGGCAGUUACCCUCAGACUAGAGGACAUAGAAGGCAGACAGAUUUCAAAAUGACAAGAUAAUUUACGAUAGAGUCGACGUUUUUCAUCGUUGAGUUUCUGGAGGGAUCGUAUGGGAGAAAGUGACCUGUGCACAAGAGCUUUGAUACCAUAUUUGAAAGCUAGAAUUCAGAGAAACAGAAGUGAAAAAUCGUUGGAC